AGAAUGGACUUUGAUGAUGAAGAUGGUGAAGGUCCCAGUAAAUUUUCAAGAGAGAAUCAUAGUGAAAUUGAAAGGCGCAGGAGGAACAAGAUGACCCAGUACAUCACGGAGCUCUCGGACAUGGUCCCCACAUGCAGCGCGCUGGCCCGGAAGCCGGACAAGCUCACCAUCCUCCGCAUGGCCGUGUCGCACAUGAAGUCCAUGAGGGGCACCGGGAACAAGUCCACAGACGGCGCGUACAAGCCUUCCUUCCUCACGGAGCAGGAGCUGAAGCAUCUCAUCCUUGAAGCAGCUGAUGGAUUUCUGUUUGUAGUGGCAGCUGAGACAGGACGAGUGAUUUAUGUGUCUGACUCUGUCACCCCCGUUCUGAACCAGCCCCAGUCAGAGUGGUUUGGGAGUACUCUCUAUGAACAAGUACAUCCUGAUGAUGUGGAGAAGCUGAGAGAGCAGCUGUGCACCUCAGAAAACUCAAUGACAGGCCGGAUCUUGGACCUGAAGACUGGGACAGUCAAGAAGGAAGGGCAGCAGUCGUCCAUGAGGAUGUGCAUGGGCUCACGGAGGUCCUUCAUCUGCAGGAUGAGGUGUGGAAAUGCUCCUUUGGACCACCUUCCUCUAAACAGAAUAACCACCAUGAGGAAAAGGUUCAGGAAUGGCCUUGGCCCUGUGAAGGAAGGAGAAGCCCAAUAUGCUGUGGUCCACUGCACAGGGUACAUCAAGGCCUGGCCACCAGCAGGAAUGACUAUCCCUGAAGAAGAUGCUGAUGUAGGACAAGGCAGUAAAUAUUGCCUUGUGGCAAUCGGGAGACUCCAGGUGACCAGCUCUCCCGUGUGCAUGGACAUGAAUGGGAUGUCGGUGCCCACAGAGUUUUUAUCCCGGCAUAACCCUGAUGGAAUCAUCACAUUUGUGGAUCCAAGAUGUAUCAGUGUGAUUGGCUACCAACCCCAGGAUCUUCUGGGAAAGGACAUUUUGGAAUUCUGCCACCCUGAGGAUCAGAGCCAUCUGCGUGAGAGCUUCCAGCAGGUGGUUAAGCUGAAAGGCCAAGUACUGUCGGUCAUGUAUCGAUUCCGCACCAAGAACCGCGAGUGGAUGUUGACCCGCACCAGCAGCUUCACGUUCCAGAACCCCUACUCUGAUGAGAUUGAGUACGUCAUCUGCACCAACACCAAUGUCAAGUACGUGCGCUGCCUUUUCCCUCUCCUGGCAUCUACAUGCCCUUUCUGGGGUCAGAGCUGGCUCCUUCCCAAGGCCUGCAAACAGGCACAGGGCUUCCUGAUGUUGGAGAACCCCCGGGUGCCAAUCUACCGCAGCCGCCACAGCUUUCUCUCCCCCACCGCACACCCCCAGCCCUGCCAGACAACCUGGUGCAGCACCAGAGCCCCACAGCUCUAUCUGGAAGUCUCUCUAGCCCGUGUCCUCCUCUGCCUCUUCUAUCAUGCCCCAGAUGAGGCCUUUGCCAUCUCACAAGUGACCUUCGGUUCUAAGAACCAGCCCCCCCUGCCUUCCAUCUGGUCCG